AUGGAGGGCCAUCAGUUCCACGAUGGCGCUGGCAAUUCAUCCCAUACACAACCACCCGCCCAACCUGAAAUCUACCCCAAUCACUAUAGCGCGGGCAAUCCGUCUCAGAUCAGCCUCCCUUCGCAGGUCGUCUUUGAACAAAUGAGUGCCAAUAACAGAUGGCCAAAGAUUCAACCCAGACCAAUUCUUCCUCGGCCUCAAGGCAGUGGUCAUACGGAGCAAGCUGGUAAUGCGUGGCAGAGCAUACAGCCCAGACCUCCCGGGCAACAGGUUCAGCCGCCUAGCCUUGACGCGCACGACGGCAUUGGUAACAUGUCCCUGGACGAUGAGGUGGUGGAAGAGGUAGGCGAGAGCGAGCCAGUACAACAACAAACAAUGGGCUUGCCUCCGAUGCAAAGAAAAGUGUCGACUUCAAACUUUGAAGACUCGGUGCGAAGUUUUGUUGGCGUGCGGGAUCAACGAAGGGGUGGCUUCCCUGAUAGUCGAGCUCAACCGUUGCAACCCCGAAAAAAUGUCAUCAGGAAAGGGCCUCGAAAGGCUGCUGAGCCUACCGGCGACGUCAAAAUGAGACUCAACUAUGCCAACGUAGCAUACGUGGAGGGCAGACUAGAUGAGGCCUUGGAUUAUGUCAAUGACGCCAUCCGAGUCAAUGCCGAGAUACAUCGUGCGUGGAGUAUGUUGGCCAACAUUCACUACGACAAGAAGAACUACAAAGAGAGUCUGCUGGCUUCGGUGUGUGCGGCUCACCUACAGCCAAAGUUUGUUGAAGGGUGGUUGAAAUGCGCGACAGACGCCAUCGGGUUGAUGGACGAGACCCCUGACGAUGCCGACGACCUGUCCAGGAUAGCUCUUUCAACUUUUUCGCAAGCUAUUAGGGUCGAUCCUAGCCAUUUGGCUGCGCGCGCGGGAAAAGCAGCGUUGUUACUGGCAAGGGAGAGCUACAAAGCAGCCACGGCCGAGUACGCAGCCAUCGUAGAGCGCGCCCCGUGCGAUGUACAUGCUCUCCGAGGCUUGGUCGAGGCUGCCGUCAAGCUUCAAGAGCACGGAAAGAAAGUCGAUUACGAUGGGAAGCCGGAAGCAGCCAGGGAUGCGUACCGCGAGUGCAUUGCCCGGUCCCAAACCAAUGGCAACAGCCCAGAUCUCCCCUUUGAGUGGGAUGAUGCCAUCAUUUACAUUGAGCUUCUCACGCACCUUCGUCAGUAUGCAGACGCUUUGAAGGAGACGAAAUCCAUAUCAAGAUGGCUUCUGGGCCGCGUAGAUGAGGCUUACUGGGAUCAUGUGGACGACGAUCGCGAAUGGGAUGAGCAUAAUGAGCGUCGCAACCAAGUUCCCGAGUUCGUUCCAGAUAAGUACCCAUCAUCGACUUAUGGUGCUGGGCUCCCCCCUCACCUGAGGGUGAAGCUUGCUGUCUGUAGGCUACGGUUAAAUCAAGAAGACGAAGCAAAGAUUCAUAUAGACUUGCUUGACCCCGUAGACGGGUCUGAUUCCAAUGUCAAGUCUGAGUAUCCGGACCUCUUCCUGGAGAUGGCUACAGUGCUUUGGGAGACUAUGAGGUACGAAAUGGCGUUGCGCUUCUACGAACCACUGCGGAACACCGAUAUGUUGGACGCUGCCGCCUUUUAUCGAGCCGGGAAAUGCUACUUGGCGACUGGCGACAAGCGACAGGCCGAGGAGUGCUUUACAGCAGCUAUAGACUUGGAAGAACCAGAGGAGGAUGAUACCCCUGUGUAUGGUCGCUAUGAGAUCGACGCCCGUAUUCAGUCUCGUUAUGAGUUGGCGAAGAUGUACGAAGCCGCCAAACACGAAGCAGAGGCUUACAUCUUGGUGAAUGAGGCCAUGCGUCUCGAAGAAGACCGAGAAGACUCGGCCUCGGAGUCCGACUCCGAAACCGGCGGAGAAGGGGAGGAGAAAACAGACGAAGCUACCAUUAAAGAUACGGACAAGCCUAAGCCGAAGCCCAGGGCCAGGGCCAGGGCCAAACCAAAGCACAAUCACGAUAAAACGGAGACAGCCAAGAAACCUCAAAAGCCUAGGAUGAUCAAGACACCAAACCCGCCGAGGCCACCGAAAGAGCCAAGGUCAAGGGCUCAACGGCCUCUUCAAAGGCCUCGACCGAAAUUGUUUGCUCUUGACGAGGAAAAGGCCAAGGAAGAAGAGAAGAGGUCAGCGGAUCUGGCACAAAAGUGGCACAUUGUCAGGACCGGACGCCAAGUAUCAUCUGACGGAGGACCUGGGAGUGUUUGGAUGGAAGCAGCAAAUGAGCUGGUUGAUGAUUUCCGAUCCUUCCGUGGAUUCUAUCCUUGGGACCGAUACCUCGUCCAUAUGGGGCUGAAACAGGAUCGACCUACGACGUCGUCGACAAACCCUGCACUGUUGAAGAUGGCAGAGCGUUUGCGAGAUAACUUGGAUCCAACCCAGCUGGAUCAACGAGCAAGAACGACUGAGGUCACGGUGGGCUACAGAGAUGUUGGCUGGCAGGAAUGGCUUGACCUGUUCAUUGAAUACGCUUUGAAUCUAGCCCAUUAUGGGAAAGUCAAGGAAGCUUACAGUAUUUGCGACUCUGCCAAGGAUGCCAACGUCUUUUUCGAGAAUCCCGAGGAUAUUUUCCUUAUCCAGGUUGCGAUUGCAGCCUGCGCUUUACGCGGAAGAGACGAGGAGAAAUGCAUCGAAGUAGCACGAUACUUCAUGUCCAAGAACCUAUUCGCCUCAGACGCAUUUCGCAUGUAUGCGGCACUUUGUCGACUAUGCGCAUCAAGCGCUACCUGGUACGCAGACACAAGAGUCCAGAAGUUUACACUUCGCCAGAUCAAAAUCAUGGAUGCGAAACUUCUUAGAGAGGAGAAUAAACCGGAUCGGUCGCUUGACGAAUACGAGGCCAAACACUACCCACACGACCAAUUGCACGUUCCUCUUCUGAUGCUGUACGGGCAUAUUCUGUUCAUUUCGAACAGCUUCACCUAUGCGCUGAACUACUUUAUCAGAGCACACGCAAGUGACCCUGACAACCUCAUGAUCAAUAUCAGCAUUGGCCAAGCGUACGUGCACUAUGCACUGAAGCGACAAGCCGAGAACCGCCAGUACCUCAUAAUCCAAGGCUUCGCUUUCCUGGAGAAGUACUACAACGCGAAACUCAGGUUGGCGACCACCCCGGCCCAGCGCCAGGAGGCCCAUUACAACCUCGCUCGCAGCUACCACUCCAUCGGCCUCAUGAAUCUCGCGGCCGAGUACUACCGUCGCGUGCUGCGGGAGGUAGAAGGGCUGGUGGACAAGGCGCGAGAAGAGAUGAUGCAAGCAGGUGGGGAGAAUCUGGCCAGGGAGGCGGCAUACAACUUACAGGCCAUGUGUUUUAUUGGUGGUGAUAUGGAAGCUGUUCAGAAGAUUACGGAGCGCUGGCUUGUGCUUUGA